AUUGACAUUUUUGACUUUGAUGCUUAGAGUUUGAAAUUUGUCAAAUAUAUCUUACAAGAAAUUAUAAAUAAAAUUUAAUUCACUGGAGUUCACUACAAUUCUGACUUAUGUGCAAUAAAAAUGUUUUCUUUAAAUAAUUUGGAACUGCGAAAAGUAACCAUAUCAAGCCUGUUAUCAUGCAUUUAUUUACCAAGUAUUGUCACAGUGAUAUCUUAUAGAGGAAUUCUUUAUUCUGUGGGAAAGGGAUCGUCCUUUUAUAUUCUAGUAUUAAUAUUUAUAGCAGAAUUAGCAAAAUCAUUCUAUUUAUCAUCAAAUAAUGAUAUUCAGUCAAAAAGAAGUAGAAACAAAAUGAGAGCCAGUGACAUCGUCAAGACCUUUGGUUUCUUGCUUGGAGUUAUGUUCUGUUUCUUCGUUGGUAUUAUAUUAUUUGGAGCACCAGUUCUGGAUAACCAUGAGGGAACUUUGGUAUUGUCGACGCUACUCACGCUGCUAACAAUAUUCCCACUAGUGGCACACUCUGGAGUUGAGACAGCUGUGCAGCUUUUAUUUGGUGUGAAGAGUUUUUCUAAAGAUACAAUUGUGGCAAUGUUGGUCAACAAUGCUUUGCUCACAGUGGGAGGAGCAUGGCUUGGCGCUGUAGUGAUACCAUUAGACUGGAACACUCCGUGGCAACAAUGGCCUAUACCUUGUUACCUUGGAGCUAUUGGUGGAUAUGUCCUGGCUAAUGUAAUGACAGUAUUAAAAGUGACUAUGAUGUCUGCAGCAAAUAAAUAUAAAUUUCUUAACUUUUUUGUUAACAUCAUGAACAAAUUACAUGUUUCUAAGUAGUUUCUUCAAUCUAUUUAUUUAUUUCUAAUAAAUUGUAUAUUUAAAACUG